CUACUUUAGUAAAACUCCACUUAGCUGUACGCUACUCUCUUCUUCUUCCUCCUCCUUCCACCACCGACGCAAUAAAAAAUUCCUUUCUGCAAAAACCCUUAUUUUCUCUCUCCUCUCUCUUUCUUUCUGAUCUCAAAUGUAAUUUUCUCUCUCUACUAUCUGAGAAAUCAUCAGUCACUUUCUCUCUCUAGAAUUGGUUGAAGAAGAAAGAAGGAAGGUUCAUCAAUGGCGAGGCGUGGAGUGUCGGUUAUCACUUAUAAGCUCCUCGCUUCGUCGAUGGCGGUCGUUCUUACUCUUUUUUUCUCACUCUCUCUCUUCUUCACUGAUAAUGCUGAUUAUUCUGCCAUUGCCGCAUCUGGUUAUAGUACUCAGUUGCUGAGUGGCGGAGCGAUUCGAAGGUCAGUGCUGGCACUCAAAUCUGAUCCAUUAAAGCCUCGGGUUGAUCAGAUCAAAAAACAAGCUGAUGAUCAUCGGAAUCUUGUCCUGGCAUAUGCAUCAUAUGCCAGGAAGCUCAAACUUGAGAAUUCUAAGAUGUUGCGGAUCUUUGCUGAUCUAUCUCGGAACUACACGGAUCUCUUGAAUAAGUCUGCUUAUCGUGCUCUAUUUGAGUCUGAUGCUCUCUCUAUCGAUGAAUAUGUGCUGAGACAGUUUGAGAAGGAGGUGAAGGAGCGGAUUAAGGUCACUAGGCAAGUGAUUGCGGAAGCCAAAGAGUCUUUCGAUAAUCAGCUGAAGAUACAGAAGCUGAAAGACACGAUUUUUGGGCUGAAUGAGCAGUUAACAAAGGCAAAGAAGCAAGGGGCUUUUUCAAGCUUGAUUGCUGCGAAGUCCAUACCUAAAAGUUUGCACUGUCUGUCCAUGAGGUUGAUGGAGGAACGAAUUGCACAGCCAGAGAAGUAUUCUGACGAGGGCAAAGCUACUAUGCCUGAAUUAGAGGAUCCUAACCUUUACCAUUAUGCAAUUUUCUCGGAUAAUGUUAUUGCAGCCUCUGUGGUGGUGAAUUCAGCAGUGAAGAAUGCAAAAGAUCCCACUAAACAUGUAUUCCAUGUUGUGACAGACAAGAUGAACCUUGGAGCAAUGCAGGUUAUGAUGAAGAUGAAGGACUAUAGUGGAGCUCACAUUGAGGUGAAGGCAUACGAGGAUUACAAGUUCUUGAAUUCGUCGUAUGUGCCAGUUCUUAAGCAGCUUGAGUCUGCAAACUUGCAGAAAUUUUACUUUGAGAAUAAAAUUGAGAAUGCGACAAAGGACACUACCAACAUGAAAUUUAGGAACCCCAAGUAUUUGUCUAUGUUGAAUCAUUUGAGGUUUUAUCUGCCCGAGAUGUAUCCCAGCUUGCAUAGGAUCCUGUUUUUGGAUGAUGAUAUUGUUGUACAGAAGGAUUUGACUGGGUUAUGGGAAAUAGAUAUGGAUGGGAAAGUUAACGGAGCAGUUGAAACAUGUUUCGGAUCCUUUCAUAGGUAUGCCCAAUAUAUGAACUUCUCACAUCCCCUGAUCAAGGAAAAAUUUAAUCCGAAAGCAUGUGCUUGGGCAUAUGGUAUGAAUUUCUUUGAUUUGGAUGCAUGGAGAAAGGAGGGUUGCACCGAGCAGUACCACUACUGGCAGAACAUGAAUGAAAAUCGAACAUUGUGGAAACUGGGGACCCUGCCACCAGGUCUGAUCACAUUCUACUCAACAACCAAGCCACUUGAUAAGUCAUGGCACGUUCUCGGACUUGGUUACAAUCCAAGCAUUAGCUGGGAUGAGAUCCGUAACGCUGCAGUUGUGCAUUUCAAUGGAAAUAUGAAGCCAUGGCUUGAUAUUGCCAUGGGCCAAUUCAAACCACUUUGGACAAAGUAUGUCGAUAAUGAGAACGAGUAUGUCCAGGGUUGCAAUUUCGCUCUCUAGGUUUGUUUUCUAUGGCUCUAUGAGUGGGCAACUUCGUGAGGUUCAAUUCAUCACACAUUCCACUUGAGGAUUUAUUGCUUUUGAUAUGCAACUAGGAAAUUUUUGUCAUUGUAGGAUUCCUUCCUACGGUAUGAAUUAGCACUCUAAGGUCAAGUUUCAUUAGCUGUGACUUCCAAUUUAAGGCAAACAUGGACAUUUGUUCAUGUAGACGUUGACAGGACUAUAGCUGAGAGUUCAUGCUACACCUCUAAAUGUAUAGUUUGCUCAUAAAUAUAUUGCUCGUAUAAAUUGACCA